CUCCGCGUAUUCUCAAAGCGCCACACUCAUGCUACCAGCUCACAUUGACAUUGCCGAUGAUUCCAGCGAUCUUUCAAAACGAAAGGCUUCAGCCUCUGUUUACGUACCAAACCAUCUGAAGGCGACGCCCGAAACCACUUUCUACAGCCCACAGAUAAUGGCAGACCGGGAGCAGGAGAUCACGAUAGCCGAGGAUGUGACACACUCAUUGGACUGGAUCGAGCCUUGUGUGAGUACUCUCCAGGCAUUCUUGACAAAACUUCCUUUCGUUGUGCCGUGGCACGAGGGCCAGUCUGUUGGCGAUGAGGACUGGAGACAUCGGAGGGUGCUGCCAUUCACCAAAGAGAAUGCGGCCAAAGUCGCUCGCAUAACGAAGCGGGCGGCAGAACGAAAAACCGUAGAGACCCGCUACCAUGUAAUAACAGUAUCCAGACUUCAAUCGGAUCGAAACACGCAAGAAGGUCACUGAGCUGCUCGCACUACAAACAGAAUACGGUAGUGCGAAGAACUUGGCGGAUAUCCUUCGCGACCCCGAAAUUCUACGCGUCGCACUCUCCCA